AUGCCUCACAGCCACUGCCACUCAUUCAGGAGCUUGGGGAAAGCCCCAUCACUCACUUCCAUAACACACAACUCUAAUCCUAAAAGCUUUGAAGAUGGAAUUUUCUUGCCCAGCAGUUGUCACAGCAGAACCUGGCUCCUAGACAGCUUUCAAGAAUCCUGCCAUGAGACCUCCACCUGCCAACUGGCCAAAUGGGAACAGCACCAGUGCAAAGUGGACCCCUGUGCACAAAGUUCCUGGAACUCCAGAGCUGACCAAGCAACUUGUUCUAGUUCCAAGACCUGUGAAAGAACAGUGUGCCAAUCAGGAAUCUCCCCAGCUGUGCCAGAGUGUGCUUCUCAACCCUGCCCAUCAAGAAACUGCCAGCAAGUGGGCUUUGUAGCCCAGAGCUACCAACCUGCAAGCUACAUGGCCAAGUGUUACCCGCUAAAGCCUACAGUGUCUGGGAGUUGCCAGCCUGUGGAGUCUGAAUCCAGACAAUGCUGCUCUCAGGUCCCUGAGUCCAGUUCCUGUAAUUCCUUGAGCAACACUGUCUCUGGGCCACAUCUGAUGGAAUCUCCUAGCACUUAUGAGCCAACAUGCUGUGUGACUGGUGGGUCACAGUUGCCUAGUAAGUGA